AAACAGAAAGUUAGCCCAUUACUACUUGCUCUGUACAGAAUGGGCCGCCCAGCUCCACCGUUAGCUCCCGUUCUCCGCGGGUGUGAGGAGGCGAGAAAUGUCGUCCUCCGUUUCCGCCGCCGUUCUCCGCCGCCUCGGCGACCGGCUCGGCCUCCGCCGACUCGCCACGCUCCCCGACUACGCGGCCGGCGAAGAGGAGCUGCCGCACCACCCCACCUCCAAGGACGCCUACUUCGCGGCGGUAAACCACCUCUCCACCAUCGUACGGCGCGACUUCUACCUGGAGCGCACCCUGAACCGCCUCCGCCUCCCGUCCCCAUUCCCGCCGGACCUCGCGCUCCGCGUCAUCCGCGCCGCUGCCCCCUCUGAGCCCCUCCACGCCGCCCGCUUCCUCGCGUGGAUCCGGGCGAAGCCCAAUUUCUCCCCCUCCGCCGAUCACUUCGACGCGCUGCUCCUCCCGCUCGCCCGCGCGCGCCUCUUCACCCACCUGUGGACCCAGGCCUCCGACAUGCGCGCGCUCGGCCUCCCCCUCUCUCCGGCAACCUUCUCAGCGGUCAUCUCGUCCUACGGCCACUCCCGUCUCGCCGAGCAGGCCGUCGAGGUCUUCAAUCGCCUUCCCCACUUCGGGUGCCCGCAGACCACCGAGGUCUACAACGCCCUUCUCGACGCGCUCUGCGCCAACGGCAACUUCGCCGGCGCCUACAAGCUGCUCCGCCGCAUGGCGCGCAAGGGCGUGGCCCCCGACCGCGCCACCUUCAGCACGCUCGUCGACGCCUGGUGCGCAUCGGGGAAGCUCCGGGAGGCGCAGGCGUUCCUGGACGACAUGGCCACCCGCGGGUUCCGGCCGCCAGUGCGCGGCCGGGACCUCCUCGUCGACGGGCUCGUCCGAGCUGGGCGCCUGGAGGAAGCCAAGGCAUUCGCCCUCCGCAUCACCAAGGAGGGCGUCCUCCCCGACGUGGCCACAUUCAACUCGCUCGCCCAGGCGCUUUGCGAUGCUGGUGAUGUGGAAUUCGCGGUGGGUCUUCUUGCCGAUGCUUCCAGUCGUGGCAUGUGCCCAGAUAUCUCAACUUACAAAGUGAUGCUACCGGCCGUGGCCAAGGCUGGUCGAAUUGAGGAGGCAUUCCGAUUGUUCUAUGCGGCUAUUGAGGAUGGCCACCGGCCCUUCCCAAGUCUAUAUGCGGCGAUCGUCAAGGCGCUCUGCAAGGCAGGUCGUUUCGCUGAUGCUUUCGCCUUCUUUGGUGAUAUGAAGUCCAAGGGGCACCCACCUAAUCGGCCUGUGUAUGUGAUGCUUGUGAAAAUGUGUGUGAGGGGUGGUCGGUUCUUGGAUGCUGCAAACUACCUUCUUGAGAUGAGUGAGGCUGGGUUCGCGCCACGGGCGCCAACCUUUAACGUUGUUGUUGAUGGGCUGCGGCAUCUUGGGAAACAUGAUCUAGCCCGGAGGAUGGAGCAGCUUGAGAUGUCACUAAAAGGAAACUGAAUGGAUCGGAAAGUAGAUACAGUCUAGUGGGGCGCUGUGAAUUGCAUGGUAAAGGUUCUGAAUUUUCAGGUAGGGUUCGUUAUCUUCUAAUUGUAUUUCAUGGCAUAGGCCGCCAAUGCUAUGCUGUUUGACUGUGACUGAUAUGCUUGUCAGGUGAUUGAUUUUUUUUUUCGGUACGAAGAGUCAACGAAUAAGACCAUCAGAUAGCCUCAACUAAUGUGCUCAAAAUUGUGCAGUGAAGGUUCACAAGAAGAGUAGUGGUGGAGUAGGCAGUAAGUUCAGAGGAAUGGAAGAUUAACAAGAAGAGUGGUGGUGGAGUGUGCAGUAAGUUGAGAGGAACGUAUGCUUUGUGAUUGCAUAGAUUAGAUCAUUGAAAGAUCCACUGUCCCAUGGGUGUUUGACGAGGUGCUUUCACUGUUCAAUUUAUAACCAACUCUGUGAUCCAUGAGAAUUCAUGUAGAAUAAAGAUUAGAGCCAUGCUACCUUGUACGAUUUGAAAUUGCAUUCUAGAAAUAGGGCUGACUAGUGAUAAUGUUUGUUGAAACCUCAAGGCAAAUCACUUUCCAAGUAAGGUUGAGGUACCUGUGUUGUCUUCUGGACAAAAGAAAGGCACUGUCUUCUUUAUAAUGACUAUGAAGGUUAUUCUGCUUGUGCGUA